AUGGGUGGGCAGGGCAAAGUCAUUAGAAAGAAACGAAAGUUUCAAGGCCACAAGGAAGAUGAUCCUGAAUUUGAUCUGACCAAGAAACAUUUAAAGACGUCACAUGUGCGAUCGAUGGAAAAGAGGCUUAUUAUAAUACUGGAAGGCGCACAACUGGAAACUGUGAAGGUGGGCAAUACAUUUGAAUUAUUAAACUGCGACGAUCAUGCCAACAUAAUGCGUAAAAAUAAUCGAGAUCCUGGCUCCUGCAGACCUGAUAUAACACAUCAAUGUCUAUUGAUGCUUUUUGACUCGCCUUUGAAUCGUGCAGGACUGCUUCAGGUUUAUAUAAGAACAGAAAAAAAUGUUCUUAUUGAGAUAAACCCCCAGACAAGAAUACCGAGGACUUUUAAGCGUUUUGCCGGUCUGAUGGUGCAACUUCUACACAAAUUUUCAGUUCGUGCCAAUGACACUUCUACCAAACUAAUGAAGGUUAUUAAGAAUCCAAUUACCGAUCAUUUGCCGGUGGGCUGCAAAAAGUACGCAAUGUCUUUUUCGGGGAAACUGGUGUCGAACAUAAAGGAUCUAGUGCCUAAGAAGAAUGAGAACGACGAUGAAGAGGAACCAAUUGUCCUUGUAGUAGGAGCCUUUGCUCAUGGUGUCCUCAAGUGUGAUUAUACCGAAGGAUUAUUUUCCAUUAGUAAUUACCCGCUAUCAGGAGCAAUAGCAUGUUCGAAACUGUGUUCAGCAUUUGAAGAAGUUUGGGGUAUAGUAUAA